AGCCAUAAUUAUCAACUCAAAUUCGGAGCUUCAAGCGCCGCGCGCGCGAAAUAGUAAACGAUCUCUACAUCAUUUGGCGGCGGCGGUAUACUUUCGGAAGCGAAGAGUUAUCUCCAGUGACUAAGCAAGUCCCAUCGAUCGUAGUACCCCCCUUUCGGACUCUCAAUUUCAUAACAUUCGUCAACUGAUAGUCCAGCCGGAAAGAUCGGUUCGCGCGCGCUCUCGCAGAAUAAAAACAGCAACAAUCAAUUUCGCGUUCUCCGCGUUCAACGCGAGAUCCAUUCAUCACACAGCUCCCGUCGAGCCCUUGACACCACUUUAGCGUCGUGGAAAGCGUGCAAAAAGCCAUCGCUGGUCGACGUGUUGUUGAUCUAAGUCACGGUUGUGCGCGAGCACUAGAGAAUCUCUCGACAGUCUUAUCAAUCCUUAACGUGCUUAUUUAGCGGUCGAAGAUUGCUAGAGACAAACAGGUCAUGUGCCUAGAUGGUGUAAAUGGUCCGGCGGAGCUACCGGUGGUCUCCUCCCAGCACCAUCUUGAGGAGCUGGCACGCAGCGAACUUAACUCCGAUGACGUGUCGAUCACGCUGAGCGCCGGUUCCGCCAAAGGGGAUAACUACAUCGGGAUAGUGUUCCGAGCCCGGGUCGAAUGUCGCCAGACUGGAAAACAUAAGAACAUCAUUGUGAAACUUCCGCCUCAGAGCGAAGCCCGACGGAAUCAGUUUUUCGCUCGACCCAGUUUCGAGCGGGAGAUUUGUUUCUACACCGAAAUCUACCCGAUGAUGGUAAAGUUUCAGCUAGAAAAGGGCAUUGAGCUGGACGACGGAACGAACGGAGGAUUCAAUCAGAUUCCCAGAUGCCUCCGGACCAGCUUGGUGGAGCGCGAGGAAGCUAUUUUCAUGACGGACCUGAAGGAAGCUGGCUUCGAUAUGUUCGAUCGACACCAGUUGCAGGGAAUAGAGCACCACCGGUUAUUGGUGAAGACGCUGGGGCGAUUCCAUGCGAUUUCUUUCGCAUUGAAAGAUCAGCAGCCGGAGCUAAUUGCACCGUACCAGGGAAUGAUGGAGCUGUUUGCCACUCGUGAAGAUGACGGAUCGCUAGAUACAUGGUUUACCAUGUUGAUUGAAAGGACGCUUGGAACGUUGGAUGAGCAGGAGGAGCCAGAGGUGUACAGUAAAACAAAGGCGGCAUUAGAAGGAAAAUUUAUGGAUAUGAUAAUCGAUCUAACCAAGGGUGAGAAUGCCGAACCUUAUGCUGUUAUCUGUCACGGCGAUUGUUGGAAUAACAAUAUGCUGUUCAAGAGCGAGAACGGCAUUCCAGUGGACAUUCGGCUGCUGGAUUGGCAGAUUUGUCGCUACGCCUCUCCGGUUCUCGAUCUGAUGUAUUUCAUUUUCACCGCUUCAACGAAAGAGUUCCGAGAAUUGCACUACGAACACUUGCUGGAUUUGUAUUACGAAAGCCUUGCCGAUUUCCUCCGUCGGCUGGGAUCCGAUCCGGAAAAGCUUUUCCCCAGAAAGGCCCUCGAUGAGCAACUGCAACGAUUUGGCCGCUUUGGGCUAAUGAUGGCUGUGAUGUUGCUUCCGGUGAUCAACACCAAGAGCGAAGAUGUUCCGGAUUUGGAGGAGAUGUCCGAAAAGCUUGAAAGUGGCGCCGAUGUCACCGAAAACAUAAACAAUUUCCGAUCGGAGGAAACAGAAGGAAUCUAUCGGGAGAAGAUGAGCGGUUGCUGCCGGGAUAUGGUUCGAUUAGGGUAUAUUUGAGGUUCGGCAAGACAAUAUGUGUUGGCAGUAUUUACAUUUUUUUUAUAUAAUUGUAUUCCAAACAAACAUUGUUACAUUGUUACUCAUUGUUACCAAUAGUUGAAGACAAUAAACCAAACUAUAAGUUUUGUUCUA